CGGCUGUACCGCGUUUGAGCUCCGUCACUAUAUUCUUUUCAUUGACUAUUUUUAACUUAAAAAUCAAUUUUAUACAUCAUCGUUUCCGUUUAUAUAACGUGCCCGGUGCACCCAGGAUGCGAUCUUCCCAGAUGUCCUUCACUGCGACGCCGGGACACCACGGACCCUGGGUGCAUCCACAGCGGAGGACGCGAGCCGGGUCCCGGGCGACGACUUCUCCCCCUCCUGCCUUCGAGAUCUCCAUCCGGAACCGCUUCGCUCCCCUCCGCGAGACAGGACGCGACGCUGUGAUCAUCGGAGACUCCAUCGUCCGACACGUAAGUGCUACGUUAGCCGAAGGUAAAGUGCACACUCAUUGUUUGCCUGGUGCUCGUGUUCUCGAUGUUUCUGCGCAGAUACCCGCGAUCCUGAAGGGCGACGAGAGCCCCAGAGUGGUCGUGCUUCACGCCGGGGUUAACGACACCACACUGCGGCAGACGGAGACGCUGAAGAGGGACUUCAGCAGCCUGAUCGAGACGGUUCGCAGCACGACGCCCGCGGCGACGAUCGUCAUGUCAGGACCACUGCCCACGUAUCGACGAGGACACGAAAGGUUCAGUAGACUUUUUGCUUUAAAUGAAUGGUUGUUGUCAUGGUGUAAAGAACAGAAACUGCUAUUUGUUAAUAACUGGAAUCUUUUCUGGGAGCGUCCUAGGCUGUUUCGCGCUGAUGGAUUACACCCCAGCAGAAUCGGAGCGGAGCUGCUCUCUGACAACAUCUCCAGGACACUUCGCUCCAUGUGACUAGAUUUACACAAGCUCCAGUCUGGAUCCAGAACAUCUGAGAAGAGAUGAUGCUGACCCUCAGAGGACCCUAAGAGAUGAUCCUAACCUUGAAUCAACAAACAGAACUAACAAUUAUUGCUACAUGUGUGACUGCAUCAUAUAAUAACUAUUAAUUAAUUAAUAAUAUUGAUAGUUCAUCGUCUAGCUGACUACGUCUUGUAUUAUUAUUAUUAUUUUUUAUUUUUUCUAAAAUCCUGUCAAAUGUGCACAAACUACUUAGCUGCUACUAAAUAUUGUAGAAACAUAAUUUUCUGUAAAGUUGCUUUGUAACGAUUUGUAUUGUAAAAAGCGCUAUACAAAUAAACUUGAAUUGA